AGUGGGAGCGAGAGGCGAGGGUUCGUAACACUGGAGCUCAAGGAUAAACCAUGGACUCUGCACACCUCUUACCACGCCUGGACAUCCACCAUGUUCCCUGCUAACCUCUUGGUCCUGAUGGUCCUGCUGCUACCUCAAGCCUCGUCUGGUCGCCAGGGCGGAGCCACCGAGCCCGAUGGUAGUGUGUCGUCGUUGUUAUCGUCAUCACCAACCCCCCUGGACCCUAGCCUGGCCCAGACCAUCCAGAACCUGCUGCUGAGCCGCCUGGGCCUGCAGUCCCACCCCAACCCCCGGCCAGGUGCCCCCGUCCCACAGUACAUAGUGGACCUCUAUCGCUUCCACUCCCAGCAGUACCACCUAGUCCAGGAUCCACACUUCAGCUAUCCCAGCCAGCAUGUCCAGGAGGCCAACACCGUGCGCAGCUUCCACCACACAGAGUCUACCAGUCCCUCACUCCCCCUUGAAAAGACGCAGACCACCGCGAGCAACAACAGGGCCCCCAUCUCCUUCAACGUGUCGUCCAUCCCCCAGGAUGAGCGUGUGGUGUCUGCAGAGCUACGUUUCUUCCGGGGUGGUGGGGCCAGCCCGGGCCCUGGGGCCCACAGGGUCAGCCUGUUCCUCUCUGGAAGCCCUGGGGACUCUGAGUCUGAGCCCAUUCUGCUGGAGUCACGGGUCCUCACACGGGCCCCCAACACCAAGCCAGCUGUCUCCUGGGAGGCAUUCAGCCUCAGCACCGAACUCUUCCUGGGGGCCCACGCUCAGACUGGGAGCCUGGCCUUCCUCCUGGAGGUGACCCCUCUGGGUAACACCACCCUCCUCACCCCCCCUGACCAUGAUGCUCUACCACCUUCCACUGGGGAGGAAGGACGAAGAGUGGGACAUCUGAGGGUGCGCAGAUCUCUGGGACAGGACGAACACAGCUGGGCACGAGAGAGACCCCUGCUGGUGACUUACAGCCAUGACGGGCGUGGGGAGGCACUAGCCGCCCAUGUCCGGAGAACCUCUGGCACUGCCCAGAGGAUGAGGGGGAGGAAGGGGACCAGAGAAAGGGGCAGGAGUAGCAGCAGCAACCGGGGAAGGGACAGAAACAAGGACAGGGAGAGGGACAGGGACCGGAGUGCCAGCCCUGGCUGGGGCGGUAGCUGGGACGAGGGUGGAAGAGUGAAGCGUAAUGGUGGCCGUGCAGCAAAGCUGAAGCGUCUGUCCCGCACCCGCUGCCGCCGCCACCCGCUCUACGUGGACUUCAAAGACGUGGGCUGGAACAAGUGGAUCGUGGCGCCUAGCGGCUACGACGCCUUCUUCUGCCUGGGGGAGUGUCGCUUCCCGCUCGCCGACCACAUGAACUCAUCCAGCCACGCCAUGGUGCAGACGCUGGUGAACUCGGUGAACGGAGCCGUGCCGCGGGCCUGCUGCGUGCCCACCGCCCUCAGCCCCAUCGCCAUGCUCUACCUGGACCCGCAGGACCGCGUGGUGCUCAAAAACUACCAGGACAUGGUGGUGGAGGGCUGUGGAUGCCGGUGACGGGAAACAAAAGAGAGGGAGGGAGGAGAGAGAUGGAAGGAGAGAUUGAUGGCGUAAAGACAGAGGGCAAGGACAGAACCCAGCCCAGCAGGACCACGUGAAACAAGAGGACCUGGAUCUUGUGGCGGAGGGAUGCAAAUACUAGUACUAGCGGGGGACCGGAGAGAUGGAUGAGGCAGGAAGAGAAGAGACGGGAAUGUAGAACCCAAUCCAGCAGGAACAAGUGCUUUCUAAGAAGUGCAUGGUGUCGGAGGGCCACAGCUGUCGGUAGUGGAAAUAAAGAGGAGUAGAAAGAGCGGAGAAGAAAGAGAGAGGGAGAGAGAUGGAAAGAGAGAGAGAGAGAGAGAGAGAGAGAGAGAGAGAGAUGGAAAGAGAGAGAGAGAGAUGGAAAGAGAGAGAGAGAGAGAGAGAGAGGGAGAGAGAUGGAAAGAGAGAGAGAGAGAGAGAGAGAGAGAGGGAGAGAGAUGGAAAGAGAGAGAGAGAGAGAGAGAGAGAGAGACAGAGAGAGGGGGGGGGAACAGAGACAGAGGAGCCCCCUUAGGACACACAGUACAGUGCUUCAGAAGUACCACACAGUGAGAGUAUGAAGAGAAGACAGAGGGAACGACAGAGAGGGAGAGAAAUAACGAAGCAGUCUUCCACAUCCCGGUAGGGGAAGAGGAUGCUGCUGACAGGAGAAGAGGGGAACGACAGCCAGGAGUAGAGGAGAAGAGAAUCCUCCCAUUAGCCCCACCUCCUCUCCUUCAAUAGCACUCCACUCGCUGACAGCCCUGUGCUUGUUCAGUGCUCCCUCGCCAGCCCUCUACGUGUCUGUAACGUGUCUGUGUCUGUGUCUCUCCGUGCUUAGUGUGUCGCUCACCUCCUUCCAGCAUCAAUCUGUAAAGGAGACGCAGUCAAUCAGUGGAGUGGAAGGCGAAGAGAUGAAGAUAUCAGUGCCAGAGUAUACUAUCUGUACGGUUGGAUAUCAAGAGUGGCUUAUAGUACAGAGAAAGCUAUCAUGUGGCCCAUAUGAGGAGGAUGAUACAUAUAGCCUUUGCAUCAGUUGACAUCAUCCUCAAACUAACUCUGUUGUCUGGGCCAACGAACAGCUACUGACCUCUCAUCAAGAGAGACGUUGACGGAAACUCCUCGCAGACUGAAUAGAUAUGGAUUUUUCGCAGACAGACCGACAUGAAUCGUCCCGUCAUGAGAUAUAUAUUUUUUAAACCACAACAAUAAUACAGAGGAAUUAUUAUGCAAUUGUUUGAAUGUACUACUAUCAUUAUUAUUUAAAGAUAACUUUUUGUUGUACAUUUCCUUUGCAGAGAUGAAGAAAAUUCAGAAAACCGUUGUCAUCAAAGUAAUUCCAUUAAAUGGUAAAUCUAACUUAACGAGUCACAUUGGGUAUUUAAAUAGCAACCACAUAUGGUGUAUUUAACCUUGGAAAUAUUUAAGAUAUCUGCUCUCUACAAAGCCACAUGUACAGUACCGUAAUACACCUAAAACCUGCGGCCCUUAUAGUAGCUUUGGUACAGCAAGUUAUGGUGGCUUUUGGUGUACUACACAUACAAAAACACAGUGUUGUAAUGACGCAGUCAUAAGCUCAAGAAAUGCCACAUAUCAAGAUUCUGUGUAUUGUAUUCUACUGAAUCGUGUAACAAGAACACAAUGUCAUCGUCGAACACAGAUGUCUUUGCUGGAGGUGUGCACGUUUUUUUUUGAAGAACGGCUAAUGUUAAAGCAGUUGAUUUCCAGUGCCUUUUGGACGAGGGCUUUGCAGGUGUUCUCCUGUUAUGAGUUGAGUAUUUUGAGUAUCUUUCCAGCGUUUUGCUUUUCCCUCUAUUUAAAUGGAAGCAUUUAAACAACAGUCUGUAAAAUGUUUGACAUUGUCUGAAAACGUGAUGAUACCUGUAAUAAACAGACCAAGCAGCA